AUGAAGGAUUCUGAUCAAAAUAAAAAAGGUAAAGGAAUUGUUCUGAAACCCACAAAGCCAAAGUGGAAGCCAAAGGUGGGGGUGACAUUAAAGGAGCAAACAGACAAAUUGGUGGAUAACACUGUCUCCACAUCGGGUUUAACCAUACAAGAAAAAGCCCUGAUCCCGAUGGAUGUACAGGAGGAGACAACGGUUGCGGUGGAUACCACAGUAAAUACAACCGAAGUUCGUCAUAGUGUGCAGGAGCAGACAGAGCUCGCUGUCACAUUUGACAGCCCGCUGGAAAAACAACGCGCUUUCUUGCCUGAUAGCGCUGAACCAAAGCAAACUAAUCGCUUCUCUGCUUUGGAAACCAUUGAAGAAUCUGAAGAUGAAGUAGAAAAGAUUUAUUCUGAGGUGCCUCUGAUCAAUAACGAAAAGGAAUUGGCGGGAUCCAUGAAUUUGGCGGCUGAAAAGGAGGUUUUGCCCACCCCGGUGGACUCAACCGAAAGAUUACUGAUUCAGUAUGAUGCGCAGGUUGAGUACCGCCGAGAGGAAGACACUGAUGAUGAAAUAAAUGAAGAAAUUGGACGACGGUCAGAAGGGGAAAAGGAGGAUUCAUAA